AGGAAAAGCAGGAAGCUUGCGGAUUGCAAAACGUAACGAUCGUUUUGAUUGGGCAGUGGGUCCAGCGUUUGCUCUCGCCCCGCCCCGCCCGGUGCUCGCCCUCCUUUCCUGCGCCAACAGCGGUGUCACCGAGGCCGGGCUCCCGCCGGAGAGACCCCGAGUCGCUCCUGACGUCGAGCCGCUUAAGCCGAACGCCAUCCAAACCGCGGCUUUAGGGGGCUGCCUCCCCCGCCGUAGACGGUUCACAGCUGUUUGGGUCCCUCGCCCCGCUUAUCCCCGAUGUCGGACUUCAAGCUGGGGAUCGUACGGCUCGGCCGUGUGGCCGGGAAGACAAAAUACACACUGAUUGACGAGCAGGACAUCCCUCUGGUGGAAAAUUACGCCUUUGAGGCGCGCAUGGAGGUCGACGCCGACGGGAACGGCGCAAAGAUCUUCGCCUACGCUUUCGAUAUCGGCAAAGGCCGCUGGGCGGGACGGCCGCUGCACGAGCUGCUGUGGGAGAAGCACCGAGGAGGAAUUGCCCCGAGUUUCCAAGUCAUCCACAUCAACUCUGUGACAGUCGACAACAGGCUAGACAACCUGCGACUGGUCCCCGUCGGCUGGAGUCCCAAACCGGAAGAGCUGUCCAGCAAGCAAAGGGAGCAGUCACUGUACUGGCUGGCCAUCCAGCAGGUUCCGGCCGACCCGGUGGAGGAGCAGUACCUGGAGCUGAGCCGUACACGCUACUACAACGCCAACGGCGAGCUGGUGGAGGAAGAAGAGUGCUCGUGCACGUACUACGAGUGCCACUACCCGCCUUGUUCGCUCAUCGAGAGGCGGCUCCGCGAGUUCAACAUCUGCGGCCGUUGCCAGGUGGCGCGCUACUGCGGCUCGCAGUGCCAGCAGAGGGACUGGCCCGCCCACAAGAAGCAGUGUCGGGAGCGCAAGCGGGCCCUGGCGCUGGAGUCCGAACCGGAGCGGUGAUUGGGGGGGAAGAAAAAAAGGGAAGGAAGAAAAAGGAGUUUUGUUAUGCGGGUCGAGGGCACGGGGAAGGCGAGGGACUCGGAACUACACGGACAAUGGCGCUCGCCUCCACUGGCGGAUCGGAAGUUGGUGAUGAACGGACAUCCGCGUGCACUUCCAGAACUGGUUCUCUCUCCUUGCUUCUCACGUGGACCACGGGGAAAGUUUUCGGGGUUUUUUUGUCUUUCGGGGUUCGGCGACAACCCCCCCCCUCCACCCCCCGAGCCCGACCUGCUGCUGCUGCUAAUCUUUUCCAACACGUGAGAGGUAACGACCGGUCUCGCCCACCAACUGGACCACGCUCGGACACGGACGCCAUCUUCCGUUGGGAACGGAUUACACUAACAGUAUUUUGUGUGUUUGUGCGCGCGCGUACUGCCAAGGACUGUGGGUAUGUGUGCACGCCUAUCUUAAAAGGGGCCAUAUUCCAGUUUAUAUUGAAUCCACUUAGAAGACAUUUUCACUGUUCUUUAAUAAAGUAGCUGCGGAAUUGUGGCUUUUUUUUUUUUGUUUGCAGCCGACGGUACAAAGUGUCAAUCAUUUAAGUCACCUUUGUAGCUCCACUCUUUGCGAGCGUCUCUGGUUAAUAUUUUUAAAAAAUGUCGAUAAAGCAGGGUGUUCCAAAAAAAAUUUUUUUUUUAUCUUUUGUCACAAUGUUUGCCUAGUAGCGUACUGCUAACGACCGAAAACAUUUAAAAUCAUAUUUCUGUCUUGAUUCAACCUUUGUAAAUUAUCAUAAAUUGGAUGAUAUUUUUUUUUUUUUAGCAACACAGUAGAUCUUCCUCUUUAAAUAUUUUCAGUAAAUUAAAAAAUAACUUUGGGACGUACAUUAGUAGGUUAACGAUAUGAAUAAUAUGUUCGAUAUGAACGCCAAAUGUGACAUGACGUCUUCCUUUUUUGCCUUCCAGAGUUUAUUGUCCAAAUCCGCUUUCCUGUUGGUGCAUUUUUUUUUUUUUAUAUUGAAUAUCGUACGAAACGCUCGCCACACACUCCAGUUUGACCGCAUUCGACCACAUUUCAGUUCACAAAAUGCCUUUCGAUCGCUAGCGAAUGUUAUUCUUCCAGUAAAGCAAAAUUUUUCAGACAUCUUACUGAAUUUUGAGAUCACGAGAUUGGUUAUUAUUCGAGCUUGCAAUGAAAUCAGAUUUUUUUUUUUUUUUUU